GAGCUCUUUUGUCUGUAUUGAUUUACGUUCUUACUGAUGUGGAUGAAUCCCUGAGCAGCGACAGAAACAUGGUUCCUGUCUGCUGCGCUUUAUUUUGCAAAUCACACAACGUGCACACACCUGAGCUGAGCUGCGAUUUUGAGUUGUAGGGGCCGCCGUCGUUUGGACGCUAGGUUAAAGUUAUUCCGAUUACCCGGCCUCGGCUUAAACGUUAUUCCGGUUACCCGCCGUGGUACCGUUGAGUUAUUACGGCUCAGUGAGCAGUUAUUGCAGCUGUCGGCUGUUUUCUGAGAGCGUAGCUGUUGAAACAGCGCUCGCAUUCAUAAAGGCUGAAGGUGAACCACAGUUCUUUCUUUCACACUUGGAAUUCUUUGCAUGAUUAUCUGGGUUAUGUGGGAAGCCGUGACUGAAAAAGGUCUGAAAAGCCUUUUUAUUCCGAGACGAAUGAUUACUGGAUGGCGAGUGAGCGCGAGCAGCCUUUCUUCUUUGGACUCCGCCCCCUCGCCCUUGUGCUGAAGGAUUUCUGCAGGUGGAGGACAAUGGCGAGAAGGUCUGCUGCUCUGUUUCUGCUGUUCUGCUGCUCCGUCAGUCGGGGCCGGUCGGAGGCUUCGGUCCCCCCGCCGGCGGUCAUCUCCCCGGCCCUCCCCGUCCUCUGGGAUGAACUGCGGGGGCUGAAGGAGCUGGUGCUGAGCCUGAAGGCGGAGGAGGUGGGCCGGCGUCAGAUCCUGAGGAGGGUGGAGAGCUGGCUGAGGGAUGGAGAGGUGGAGGCAGAGCAGCAGAGACGGAGCUUGGAGGGACUGAAGGAGGAAGCGCUCCGACAGGCGGAGGAGCUGAGGAGGAGGGUGGAGGAGCUGGAGGAGCAGAGCAAAGCUCGAGAUGCCGACGUGUCGACACUUCAGUCCAGGCUGAACAGCAGCGAGCGCUCGACGGACGACCUGAAGAAGAAGAACUCGGCUCUGGCGGCGGAGCUGCCGUUCCUGCAGACGAGACUGAGGGCGAGCGAGAGCACCGUGGAGCAGCUGAGGAGGAAGAACGCAGUGUUGGCGGCCAGACUGUGUAAUGCCGAGAGUCUGAUGGAGGAGCUGAGGCGGCAGAUCUCAGAGUUUCCGGCCUCCAAUGCCUCGUCUCUGACGCCUGACGUGUUGGAGCUGGAGGCUCGACUGGGCGCCCGUCUGGAGGAGCUGAGCGCUGACGCUGAAGCUCUGCGGGGUGGACUGAAGUCGCUGCAGGAGACACUGAAACCAGCUUCAGACCUGCAGCAGCUCAGCUCCUCACCAGUGGAGUCGGCGGACGUUUCGGCGCUCGGCAGCAGGCUGAGUGACGCUGAACGCCGCUUGGAUGAGCUGCACACGCAAACCUCAGCUGUCAGAGCCUCGUUGGAAGAAAACCUGUCGGCUGUGAAGACUCAGGUGCAGCAGCUGGAGCUGACCAGCACAGCUCAGACCGACUCAGUGAAGCAGCUGCAGCUUAAACUAAACUCCACAGAGCAUCAGAUCCACGAGCUGCAGACUGAAACAUCAGAUCAAAGCUCCAAACUGACGAAGCUGCAGACAAACGCGAGCGCGAGCCUGCAGGGCGACCUGAACACAGAGAUGUUCACCAGGCUGAGACGUGGAGACAAACAGCUGGAACAGCUGCUGUCUGAGCACACAGAGAUUAUGAACAAACUGAGAGACGGUGAGAAACAGCUGGAACAGCUGAAGGCUGAGCACACAGCUCAGACUGACUCAGUGAAGCAGCUGCAGCUUAAACUAAACUCCACAGAGCAUCAGAUCCACGAGCUGCAGACUGAAACAUCAGAUCAAGGCUCCAAACUGACGAAGCUGCAGACAAACGCGAGCGCGAGCGCGAGCCUGCAGGGCGACCUGAACACAGAGAUGUUCACCAGGCUGAGACGUGGAGACAAACAGCUGGAACAGCUGCUGUCUGAGCACACAGCCGUGGAGGUCAGAUUGAGCUUCUCUGAGACACAGCUGGAACAUCUGGAGACUCGUGCUGCAGGCCGUGACAUCGAGCUGUCGGCCACGACGCUCAGACUGAACGUCACCGAGCGGCAGGUGGACGAGCUGAUGACACAAAACACAGUGCGAGCCGCUGAGCUGGAGUCUGUUUCGCACCGACUGACGGCGGCACAGAGACGCGCUGAUGAGCUGCAGGUCAGGCUGAACCAGCUGAGGGCCGAGGAAGGAGGUGAGCUGAGGGUGGCGUUUUCAGCCGGUCUGACCGAUUCGGGGUCAGUGGGACCGUUUGAUGAAGAAACAACUCUGAUCUUCUCCAAAGUCAUCACCAACGUCGGCGAAGCCUACAACCAGACAGCAGGUAGAGCGAGCCGCCCACAGGACGCCGAAAUAUUCAGCUCCAAGUGUUUUCACGGCUCCUGUCAGAGGACUGUACGUCUUCAGCUUCACGGCUGCAGAUUACCUGAAAGGCUACAUGGGCCUGUACCUGUACAAGAACGACCGGCCGAUCGUCUUCAGCCUCGACCUGAACGACCACGGCGGCUACGCCUCCACAAGCAACGCCGUGUGUCUGCAGCUGGAGGAGGGCGACCGGGUGCGCCUCGGCCUGCCGGCCAGCUACCGCCUCUAUGACGACUCGCGAAACUUCAGCGUGUUCUCCGGCUUCCUGCUGUUCCACCUGUGAUGGUGACGUCCCGGGAUGCACCCAGAUUAUCCAACCUUUGUACGGCAGAGCGAACAGGAAGUGGGAUGAAAGAGGCCACGCCCUUAAUAACGCAAACUUUACUCUUUAAUAUAAUGUAAAGCGGAGGAAAUGACACGUUUAACGAGUCUCACUGCUGCCUCGCUGGUCACCUGAGGAACUGCAGCCUUUUCUGCUCCAGUGAUCAUUUCAUGCAAAAGUCUCAG